CUGCAUGUAAAUUGUACAAAUGUCACUACUCUAUAAACUAGUAUAAAGGGUGGGGACAUGCUUGAAAGACUCGAGAUACUAUUUUAUUCCGGGACAAUUUUCCUUUUUUGUUUUUUUCCACGAAAAAGGUCUUCUGGUUUGUGGAUGUUUAUGUAUAUAAACAUUUGUAUGUAUUUUGUAUUUGAUAAAGAAUUUGAAUUUGGGUGCUUACAAUAAUAAGGACACUCAAUCUCUUGCUUGGUUCCAAACUCGGGUUUUUGCAAAAGAAAGAGAGGUUUCUUAGCUUUCAGAUAUCCGAUCCCCUUCUUGGAGAUUUGGUAAAGGUGGAUUGGUUGUUUAAGGCUUAAUUUUCAUUAAGUGAUAAUCUUAUACUGUUGAAGGACGAUGGGAGAUCACUUUGUUUUGCUGGUCGAUCGCUUGCUCACUGAAUCAACUUUGGAAGCUGCAAUCGAAAGCAGAAAAUCAUUAAAACAGGCUGCAAUCGAUGAAACAUUGAUUGACUGCUCGCCUCGUAAAGAAUGUGAAGCUAGUUUAUCUCCGAGGAAACUGGUUGAGUGCAGAAUAUGCCAGGAUGAAGAUGUCAAUUCAAAUAUGGAGUCUCCUUGCUCUUGCUGUGGUAGCUUGAAGUAUGCUCACCGGAAAUGCGUUCAGAGGUGGUGUAAUGAGAAGGGUGACACUGUAUGUGAGAUAUGCCAUCAGCAAUUCAAACCGGGAUAUACGGCACCACCCCCAAUCUUCCGAUUUCGUGAAAUACCAAUGAACUUGAGGGGAAAUUGGCAAAUAGCCAGAAGAGACUUGGCUAAUCCUCGCCUUGUGACAAUGGCUUCAACUGAUCAGAAUUUCCUUGAUCCUGACUAUGAUGAAUAUGAAUUUUCUACAAGAAGAAGCAUAAUCUUCUGUCGAUCAAUUGCCAUAAUUUUUAUGAUCCUUCUGAUUUUGAGGCACACUCUUCCCAUCAUUUUUAGUCGAGCAGAGAACUAUUCUUGCCCAUUGAUCGUGCUAUUACUUCUAAGAAUUGCUGGGAUUAUUCUUCCAAUCUGCAUAAUACUGAAAGCCGUCACUUCUAUCAUAUGUCAUCGACAACAGGUGAAUGAAGCUAAUUUAUCCAUCACUCCAUCGGAUGAAGAAGCUGGCCAAUUCACUCCACAUCAGCUUCAUGUGACGCCUGUUUAUUAAGUGGUACUCAAUGCUGCAACUCGAACUUCUCUUUCUAUGGAGCUCGUCUCAUGAAUCUUCAUUUAGCAGACUGCUAUUAAAGCAUGACAGCUGCUAGGAAUUCACAAUUCUCCAAAGAUGAUAUAAACAAUGUUGUGGUUUUAUUUCAUAUUACGAACAAAUAUGCCUUCAUUUUAGCUGGGGCAAUCGUAUUUCGAACAUUGGUAUCCUCCAAGUGUACAUUUUCAGGUGUAAAUUUGUUACUGCACCUUUGGAGAAGUAUAUUUGUACAGAACUUUUAUACCACUUCGUAUAUAAAAAUUAAGGUAGAAUUGAAGAUGAA